CACAAGACAAAAUUACUAGGAGUUGCAUUGUCAGCCAAGUGGAGUGUUUUUCAUUGAAACAAUAAAAUCGUCAAUUUCAUUAUUUACGCAUUAAAAUUAAAAUGAGAUGACGUGAAUCGUUAACAAUAAAACAGACCUGUACAAUACAUUCCAGUUACCUAUCCAUUCAUAUAUAAUUAGCAACAAUGGCCGGAACGCCGAUCAAAUUAGGUUCGAUUCUAUCUUUCUGUAUUGUGUUAUACGCAGUGUAUUAUAGGAAGAAUGAUGUUGGCGACGUAAGGUUAUCUCCAGUAAAGGAGCACCUAUUGUUUUUGGAAAAGGAAAAUUCGGUUGGUGUCGGUAUAAAUCAGCCGAAAGUCGCGCUCGGAUAUGGCGCUUGUCAUGAUUUAUUUGUUAAUGCAACAGCAUUAUUGGACCACAGGGACUUGAAGGGGGCUCCCGAACAUUUCAACGAAAUAACUACUAAGCAGGAAUUCUUGAAAAGCUUUGCCUAUUUCUUCAAACAUGGAGCUGCAGCAGAGCGAUUCAUGUCCAACAGUGAACUAUAUGAUGAAUUAGUGGAACAAGCAUUAAAAUUAUCAGACACAAGAUGGGCGAUUGGCGGCAAUGCUCCGUUGAUGGCGAAACGAUUCUUCAUGGAAGGCUGGAAAGUUUUGUUAGCCGCAAAAAUGAGUAACAAACUCAAAACAUACAUUCCAAAAGACAUUGAAAUAGUUGGCGGUGAAGAAAAUGAAGAAGUAAAAGACGAUAUUCACAUGAUACUUGAGUACAAGGCUGAUGAACGAUUUGGGGCGUAUAAAUCUCCCCGAGCUAAUAGAUAUAUUAUGCAUAAUGAUGAGAAUAAUCCUCUCUUAAGUUCAUUGGAGAAGCUUGGUGAACAUUUGGUGAAGUUCACACCAAAUCUUCUGGUUAUCAGCGGGCUACAAAUGAUGGAUAAUUUUCCGUUUAAACAGAAUGGAAGAGAUUUGAGAGCAGAAAGAUUAUAUCUAGUCAAGGAACAAAUUCUAUCACAGCCUCUCAACACACUCUCACAUUUUGAAAUGGCGAGCUACGUUGACUUGGAACUUCUCACGCAUUUGACUACGAAAGUAUUACCAUUCGUUGACUCGGUGGGUAUGAAUGAACAAGAGCUCUCGAAUUUAUACAACGUACUAGAAUACGGCGAAGUUAUGGUAGUCGCCGACUCUAACCCACGUGUAGCGACUGCAUUGGACCAAAUGCGAAAAACAUUCCAUCUCAUACGCCAGAAAAAUAUAGAAUUCAAUAGCAAAAGAAAAAUAACGCGUAUCCAUGUGCAUACAUUAGCGUACCAAGCUAUUUUAACAGUUAAGAAUUCAGAUUGGAAACGGACAGAAGCUGCGGCUGCUAAAGCCUCAUUGACAGCACACAGAUAUGUUUGCAACAGUCAGAAAAUAUCACUCGAUAAGUCCAAAUUAUUACUGGAUGAUAGUUUCUCAACAACAACUGACAAUGAUAACAAUAGUAGAGUGUUCUUCGAGCCAACUAAGCCAGUGGCAUGUUGGGAGGAAGUUUUAGAUGGGGAUAGGGUGGAAAUUUGUGUAGCUCCAGUACUUAUAUGUACAGAGGCUCAGCUGACUGCAGGCGCAGGAGAUAACAUAUCAGCAGCUGGUUUAGUUUUACAGGUGGAGAAAUGAUAAUAGUCAAAACAAGUUACUAAAGGCUAGAAGUGGGCAGGAACAUUAUGUAAGCAAUGAACAAAUCAAUUUCAAGAUCAAAACCAUAGCAAUAAUAGUGCAUAUCACGUGAUUAUUCACAAACAUUUUUAUUGUUAACAAAUAUAUUUUAAAGUUGUUACAUACAUACAAGAUAGACAUAAUAUUAUUUGAAUCACUUAGAAAUAAUUUUACUGUUGGGAAGUUUAUGCUCACAUCUCAUGCCGUAAGAAGAAUUUAAGUCAUUAGUUAUUUAUUUAUUUGCAUAAUAAAAUUUCGAUUUUUUUAAUGUGUGCCAUGCCACAUCUUUGGUUAUGCACAAAUAUUAUAUAAGCUUAUUAAUAUCACUUAAUAUUGUCUGUCUUAAUUGAAUAUUUAUUGUUCUUUAAUGUUCACUUUACUAUUUAUUAGACUUAAAAUUUCUACAUUAAUUUUUGUAAAUAUGAUGAUCAAUUACUUAUAUUGAUAGAGAAACUUGCGUAUUAAUAACAAUUGAUCAAAAUUUAUUGAAUAAACUAUGAUUUAUUUAUAGCAAUAAUUGUUUCCUAUUUAGAUGUAACUUAAAGCAAUUUAUGUCUUUGCAAUAAUUCACUCACUAUUGCACAUGGAAGGAGGUUGAUCUAAAUUAAAAAUUAAUAUUAAAUAAAUUUUUCAAAAAUUAUCUUUUUUAGUUAAAUGUAUGAAAAGAAUAUAAUUAAGUACCUAUGUUUAUUUGCUAGUUUGAAAAUGUAUAGUGUUUCCUCUAUUUUUGGGAUUAGAUGGCACAUGGGGAAUUUUCGGAAAAUGUUAUUUGUUUUUAUAAGGUAAAUGCACAGCUUGGGAUAAUCAUUGGAUUUUGUAACGAUGUAGUGGUUAACAGAUCGGAUAAAUAUUUGGGAAUUAUAAAUGAUGGACCUGUUACUUAUUACUAGAUAAAUUUUAGUAAUUUAAUUAUGUUUUCCAAGGGUUAAUUUGAAGACCUCUUCUUCAAUUGAACAAAAUUUUGACGAAAAGAGGAAGAAGAAGCUAUUAUCAUUUUUAUAAAACACAUGAUGAAAUAAAAUAAAACCACACAUUAUUUUUUUUGUUUAUUCAUAGACAAAGAGUUACAAUAUUGGUAUAAAUGUUACAGCUAAGAUAACUAUAGUUACAUCUUACACUAUAAAAUGUUUAAUGUUAAUUUAUAAACUCCAAACAUUCCUUGGGACAAAUUAUACACUCCAAUGGCUUUUUAUUAAAUCAAUAUGUUCUUAAA